CCUUUUUUUGCAGGAAAUAUUUUCUUGAAAGCAAAGGCACUCGAUUGAAGUGAUAUAUUGUGGAAUUGAGACUUUGGAUAAAGUGCGCGCCGAGUUUUGUGUCGGACCAUUAGGACUUUGAUCGACCCGGUGCUGAACUAAGUUGACCGGGCUGUGACUUGGGAAUCGACACUCGUAACUAAGCACCCUCUUCUUGGAUUCAACUGGAUCAUCGCAGCAAAAAAGGAAAGAAAAGAGAAACUUGAUCAGUGACGGAGUGAGAGUUUAAAAUGUCGAGAACUACUGCUCCUGGACAUCGGUGUUAAUUCUGUGUCCCCAAGCUUGGAUUCCUGCUCUUCGUCGACUCACUGAUAACCAAAAGUGAGACGAACGAGGAGCGGACGAGCUGGUGUUCGGAAGCGGAACAGCCACCAUUCGCCGUUGGAGCCAGGAGAAACAACGGCGCCACUCACGCAUCCAGCAGUCGGAGUAUCAUCCGCAGCAGUACAAUCAGCUACAGCAGCAACAGCAACAGCAGGACUCCAGGUGACAGGGGACGGGUCGGAGUGCGACCGCCGCGGGGAACUCUGGCGGCAGUCGUUGGGCAUGGCGCGGCUCGCGGGGGGAUGCCCGGCGGCGCGGGACUCGACACGGGCGACACGACCGCCAGCCCGUCGUCGCACCAAUUGGUCGGCAGUUCCGUGCCCGACUAUGUGUGGAAUUCCGGCCCGGCGGACUGCGACGACUCGUCGCCGUCCGUCGUGGCUACCUCCGCGUCUUCGCCAUUAACUCAUGGCGCCGGCGCCGUGAGCACGUCGUCGUACACGCUGACGGCCAUCUUGAACGAUGCUGCGUCCAUGUCGCCCAUCAUGGUGGACAUGGCGCCGGGGACGCCGCAGAACAUCGCGUCUCCGGUCCAGUCUCAUUUGCAGGCGGCUGUUCAAAGUCCAGUGCAGCAGCAUCUUCAGGCCCAUUCGAGGAUCCUGGAGUUUCACUGCUUGGAGACUGGAUCCGACCGGAAUGGUCUACAAUUGGGCGGCUACGGAAGCAUGCAACUCAACCAGAACCGCCACCAGAUGCAAAUUCCCGUCGUGGACGACUCGACUUUUCUGAGUCCAGGAUUGAACUCGUGUGUCUUCAGGAAGCGUCAACCACAACAGCACCACAAACUGAUCAUCGAUGGCAACAGCGUCAUGUUGGGACUCGGCCAUGCGACAAUCAAGUUGGAGUCGUGCGAUGCAGAUCCGUCCCAGGUGUCGACAACCGAGAGCUGCGACCAGGUGUCCUCCACGCAACAGCCACUCACGCGUCCGGGCCACACUGGCCAACCGCCCCCAGGUCUGGGCCAGCCCCACUUGCCCUCCACGUCCAGGCCGUGUCCCGGCCUCAUCCCGGUGUCCUCGUGUGACAUGAAGCAGCAGGCGUCCUUCUUGCUGCCCGCUGGCGGCGGCCAGCCCGCUCUCAACAGUACCGUCUACGUUACCUGCUCUGCUCCGCCGUCAGCAGUGGCGCCCAAACUCGACUGCGGGGUGAUGAUGAAGCCCGCGUCGCGGUCCGGCGACACGACGCCGCCAGAUUUGCAAGACUUCAAGCCGGACCCGGGCUUCUCCGUCGUGGACCUGGCGGCACUCAAGACUGCCGAUGAUGGAGACGAAGGCGGCCUGACGCACUUGGCACUCGUCACCGGAUUCGACGCCGACGACGACUCCAACAACUCCAUCAGUUCCAUCCUUCCAAUCAAGCAGGAGCCUGAUGGUGACCAGCCAUCCCCUGAUAGCAGUCGUGGUGAGUGA